AUGAAUGGUGUCUUUACUGUUAUCAGUGGGGGUGGCAACCCCGUGGACAGUGCAGGUGGAGGAUGCAGGCACAAACAAAGGCUGUCAGCUUACCAAGUGUUCCCCCUGGAAUGGCCGCCAGGGAGCACUGGUAAGCUGCCAGCCAAUGCAGCUGGCCAAUCAGAGAACGCCCGCCCUCUGGUACAGGGCGGGCGGAGAGAAAAGCGCGGCAAAACCCGGCCGGCUUACUGUAAAUGGCCGCAGUGCCGAGCGGCCGUUAUAGCGCAUGCGCGAGCGGGCUCUGGAUUCAGAGCGCUCGCGCCGCGAAACGGCCGCCGCGGCUCCCAGAGGGCAACAAAGAACGGGUAA